GCGGCGCAGGGACCCCGCGGGCGGCUGGGGCUCUCGCGGCACCCGCCUCCUCUCCCUCCCCUCGGGCUCUCGGGGCCGCUGGCCGGCACCGCCUCCCGGGAAGAUGGCGCUGCACUUCCAGAGUUUGGCAGAAUUGGAAGUAUUAUGCACCCAUCUCUACAUAGGGACUGACCUCGCACAGAGAAUAGAGGCUGAGAAGGCACUCCUGGAACUUAUUGACAGCCCAGAAUGUCUCAGCAAGUGUCAGCUGUUAUUAGAACAAGGAACAACGUCCUAUGCUCAGCUCCUCGCGGCAACGUGUCUCUCCAAACUUGUCAGCCGCGUCAGCCCUCUGCCCGUGGAACAGAGGAUAGAUAUCAGAAACUACAUUCUUAAUUACGUGGCAUCACGGCCCAAGCUGCCUGCCUUUGUCAUCCAAGCCCUGACCCAGGUCAUCGCUAAAAUCACCAAACUGGGCUGGUUUGAGGUUCAGAAAGACCAGUUUGUCUUCAGAGAGAUCAUUGCUGACGUGAAGAAGUUUCUUCAGGGCACCGUGGAACACUGCGUCAUAGGAGUGAUAAUCCUUUCAGAACUGACUCAAGAAAUGAACCUGGUUGAUUAUUCGAGACCUUCAGCGAAACACAGGAAAACAGCUACCUCGUUCCGCGACACUUCCCUCAAAGACAUUCUUGUGCUGGCGUGCGCUCUGCUGAAGGAGGUGUUAGCCAAACCGUUAAACCUUCAAGAUCAAGAUCAACAGAACCUGGUCAUGCAGGUCCUGAAACUAGUCCUCAACUGCCUAAACUUUGACUUCAUUGGCAGUUCAGCGGAUGAAUCCGCAGAUGACCUUUGCACUGUGCAGAUUCCAACAACCUGGAGAACAAUUUUCCUGGAACCAGAGACGUUGGAUCUUUUCUUCAAUUUGUACCAUUCGCUUCCACCGCUACUGUCUCAGUUAGCACUUUCAUGUUUGGUCCAGUUUGCUUCUACAAGAAGGUCCUUAUUUAGCAGUCCCGAACGGGCCAAGUACCUCAGCAAUUUAAUUAAGGGAGUAAAAAGGAUACUUGAAAACCCUCAGGGUUUGUCUGAUCCAGGUAAUUAUCAUGAAUUUUGUCGAUUUUUGGCUCGUUUGAAGACAAAUUACCAGCUGGGAGAAUUAGUUAUGGUGAAGGAGUAUCCUGAAGUUAUCAGAUUAAUUGCUAAUUUUACCAUUACUAGCCUACAGCAUUGGGAAUUUGCUCCCAACAGUGUUCAUUAUUUAUUAACUCUGUGGCAAAGGAUGGUAGCUUCAGUUCCUUUUGUGAAAUCAACUGAACCCCACUUGUUAGACACUUAUGCACCAGAAAUCACGAAGGCCUUUAUCACUUCUCGGUUGGAAUCUGUUGCCAUAGUUGUGAGAGAUCAUUUAGAUGACCCGCUGGACGACACCGCCACCGUGUUCCAGCAGCUGGAGCAGCUGUGCACGGUCAGCAGGUGCGACUACGAGAAGACGUGCGCGCUCCUCGUGCGGCUGUUCGACCAGAACGCGCAGAACUACCAGAAGCUCCUGCAUUCUGCUUCUGGGGCGACCGUGGACAUGGCGAUCCAGGAGGGACGUCUUGCGUGGCUGGUGUACUUAGUGGGGACCGUUGUCGGCGGAAGGUUAACCUACACCAGCACAGAUGAACACGACGCUAUGGAUGGAGAAUUAUCCUGUCGAGUUUUUCAACUUAUAUCUUUAAUGGAUACCGGAUUGCCUCAGAGUUCUAAUGAGAAAAUAGAGCUUGCAAUUCUGUGGUUCUUGGAUCAGUUUCGUAAAACAUAUGUCGGUGAUCAACUUCAAAGAACCUCAAAGGUGGUACGCCUGAGGAGUGAUGUGUCCAGAGUUCCCGAGAAGGCUUGGAAAGUAGUGAAGGUGUACGCCCGCAUGUCGGAAGUCUUGGGGAUAAUGGACGACAGCCACGUUCUGGAGACGUUCGUGACGAAAAUUGUGACAAACCUUAAAUACUGGGGGAGAUGUGAGCCCGUGAUCUCAAGGACUCUCCAGUUCCUGAAUGACCUUUCUGUCGGCUAUAUCCUUUUAAAAAAGCUUGUGAAGAUCGAUGCUGUGAAAUUCAUGCUAAAAAAUCACACGAGUGAACACUUCCCCUUCCUGGGCAUCAGCGACAGUUACAGUCUCAGCGACUUCCGGUGCCGCACCACCUUCUACACGGCCCUCACCCGCCUCCUCAUGGUAGAGCUGGGCGAAGAUGAGGACGAAUUUGAGAAUUUCAUGCUGCCCCUCACGGUCUCCUUUGAAACAGUGUUACAGAUGUUCAACAACAACUUUAAACAAGAAGAUGUGAAGCGUAUGUUGAUCGGGCUGGCAAGAGACCUUCGAGGGAUUGCCUUCGCGCUGAACACAAAGACCAGCUACACCAUGCUGUUCGACUGGAUGUACCCCACCUACCUCCCCCUCCUUCAGCAGGCUGUGGAACGGUGGUACGGAGAGCCGGCGUGCACCACGCCCAUCUUAAAACUGAUGGCCGAACUGAUGCAGAACAGAUCCCAGCGUUUGAAUUUUGAUGUAUCAUCUCCUAAUGGAAUUCUUCUCUUCAGAGAAGCUAGUAAAAUGAUUUGCACUUAUGGUAAUCAGAUCCUGUCCCUCGGGAGCCUCUCAAAAGAUCAGAUGUAUCCAAUGAAGCUCAAGGGCAUCUCCAUCUGCUAUUCCGCUCUCAAGUCUGCCUUGUGCGGGAAUUAUGUCAGCUUUGGCGUCUUCAAGCUGUACGGGGACAACCAUUUUGACAAUGUACUCCAGGCCUUCGUCAAGAUGCUGCUGUCGGUGUCCCACAGCGACCUGCUACAAUACCGGAAGCUGAGCCAGGCGUACUACCCGCUCCUGGAGUGUCUCACCCAGGACCACAUGAGCUUCAUCACCGACCUGGAGCCUCCCGUGCUCCUGUACGUGCUCACCUCGGUCUCGGAGGGACUCACCACUCUGGACACGGUGGUCUCCUCCAGCUGCUGCACCAGCUUGGACUACAUCGUCACCUACCUCUUCAGGCACAUAGCCAAAGAAGGCAAGAAGCCACUCCGCUGCCGAGAGGCCGCCCAGGCCGGCCAGAGGCUGCUCCACUUCAUGCAGCAGAAUCCAGACGUCCUGCAGCAGAUGAUGUCUGUCCUCAUGAACACCAUCGUCUUCGAAGACUGCCGGAACCAGUGGUCGGUGUCCAGGCCCCUCCUGGGGCUCAUCCUGCUCCAUGAGAAGUAUUUCAGCGAACUGAGGGCGAGCCUGAUCGACAGCCAGCCUCUCCCCAAGCAGGAGGGCCUGGCCCAGUGCUUCAGGAACCUGAUGGAAGGCGUGGAGCAGAACCUGUCCAUCAAGAACAGAGACAGGUUCACCCAGAACCUGUCCGUGUUCAGGCGAGACGUGGCGGAGGUUCUGCGCGGCGACAGCGGCGACGGCGGCGCCGAGCCCUGCGGCCUGGACAUGAUGAGCUGACACGGCUUCUCGGGCGCGGGAGCGGCGGCCUUUCCGAGAGACUCGUGCGGCCGGGCCCAGGACGGCGCGGCCGGCCAGCCCGGGGAGAUCUAUUUUUCAAAACAAACAGCGACAAGAGCCCUACCUUUUUCUAAGUCCAGCCUGAUUGUAAGAAUUUAUACUAGUGCAGAUUCAUUCUAUGUAAAUUCAUUCUUCGCUCCGAAAAAGCAAGAGUGUUUUCAGCCUUUCUAUAAAAACGUCCUUAUCUUUGUUCUUACAAUGCUCCGCAGCGGUGUAUUUAACCAAAGAACACAAUAAACCACGU